UAUUGUUAUUAGAGGAGUAACAGGAGCAGGACUAGAGGGGACCUGGGGUCAACUCCUGGGAGAGGGGGGGCAAGACCUGGGACUAGACCAGACUGGAGUCAGAGUCAGUGUCACAUGGGCUGUUACAAUGUCAAGAGUUUCCUUGGUGAUAGUGCUGAUCUUGUGGCACAAAUCCACUGAUGCUGAGCCCGACACGGUUGCUGAUUCUGGUGCUGACUUCCUUCAGUCUGUUAUCAGCAGAAUGCAGAAUGAAAAAUACAUAAACUAUGCAGAAGACCUCCAGCUUGAAGACUACAGACCGACACCUCAUCCUUACAAUGACAUUCAACAUCAUGACCUUCAACAUCAUGACAUUCAACAUCAUGACAUUCAACAUCAUGAUGUUCAACAUCAUGAGACUUCUGCUCCUCCUCUGUCUAAAGGAGAACUGCUAGCCCUGUACCAAGCCUCUGUGGCCGCCAGCACUGGUCUUAACAUAUCUGCUGAACCUCCUCUACCUCUCUCUAAUGAAGUUAACAACCAUCAUCAAGAUGAAUUGGUGGCCCCAGCAGAGCAAGGUGUUUUGAAUGGCUACUACUAUUACUUCUACCCCAUCAAGAGCUUCCUCAACCAGACUGAUGAUGAUCACACUAUGGCCAAUAGCAGUCAAGAUAUGAUGAUGAUGAUGAUGAGUGAUGCUGGGAUGAUGGAUGGCAACAAGGACAUGAUGGUAGACCCUCUCUUCCUAGCUACAGCAGGAUUUGUAACCAUGGCUACUCUAAUUUCAGUCGGCAUCCUAUUCCUACCCAAAUUCGGGAGCGAUAGGUCUUGGAAGAAGGCCGCCUUGAAGAAUAUUCCUGAAGAGGAGGAUGAUAUGUUCAGCUUGACACGGGUUAUCGGACAGGCCAUCCAGGGCAAGGACUGUGCAGAGAGGUUAGCUUGUGAACUCGGACGGACCAUCCGCAACAUGAAGCUGGGGCAGAAACCACUCAGAGUUUUGGAGGCAAUGUUGCCGCGACCAUUAGCUCAGCAGCUGUCUCAAGUCCGGCAACAUGUUGUGAAGAGAGAAAAGUGUCAGUUCAUCCCCUGCAAGUGGAACAAACAAAAACCAAACAAUAAACAAGAAAGGAAACCACAGAGACAACCAAAAACUAACGUUCACUCUAUUUAAAUUCAAUCUCCACUCAGUCAUUAAUUAUAGUAUUUUUUACU